AUGGGUUGGGUAGGUGCAGGUGUGCUUAUCGCAACAGUAGGGUACUUUCUCUACCGCUACCCUCCUCGCAGCUGGGCCGAACCUUGUUCUUUUGCCUCUCCGGAACCUAAACCCGACGCGCCGAUUGCCGCCACCGAAAAUGAGCCUGCGCAGCGGAAGCAUGGCUCACGGCCCUCGACGCCAUCAAUAGAGACAGAGGAAGAGGAUUCCCAGAGCACACCUAAGGCUUCGGCCUCGAGCGUACCACUCCCCGCCCUUGCGGUCCCCACAUUCAGCCUAGACAGCGGCGAGAGCAAGACAUCGCAGCCCGCUACGAUGCCGUCCAUUUCACAAACCACGAAUGGAACAGCAGAGAAACCAUCUCUGGCAAACAGUAAUCAUGGCGCACCAAAUUUCCAACCGCCACCGCAGCCGUCCCUCGCACCCCCUCCAAAACCACAACCGUCACCUAUACCCCCGAAGGCAACAACCACCGGCGCCUCUUCCCUAAUGCCUCCUCCCCCAGUGCCACGACCCCGACCAGCAACUCAAGCGAACCGCCUCACCCCCACAAGCACGCUCCAACCCCCACGGCUCAGCGGCAGCUCCCUUAGCCCGCCACCAUCAGCAGCCGCCUCUCAGCGUGGCUUGGGCCCACCGAGCAGCGGCAGCCGUCUUAGCAACAGCACCCUCGCCCCGACACAAGUAUCUCUGAAGAAGUCAACGCGCAAAGUGAUUCUCCAGCCAGGAUUCUCACCCCUCGACUGGGCUGCGCUGGCAGCGAACCCGAAGAACAAUCUCCGCGGCGAAGGCCUUCCCCUAGGCCUGCUGCGGGUUACACCAUCAAUGCUGAAGGAGCAACACGGGCGCAAGGGUCGUGAUGCCUGGACUUCGUACAACGGAAAGGUGUACAAUAUCUCGCCCUACGCCCCUUACCAUCCAGGUGGGAAGGGUGAGCUCCUUCGAGGCGCCGGGAAGGACUCUGCACAGCUGUUUCAGGAGAUUCAUCCGUGGGUCAACUGGGAGGGAAUACUUGGCGAGUGUCUGGUUGGAAUUCUGGUUUCGGAGCAUGAUAUCCAGACCGAGAAUGCUCUAGAUGCGAUGGACUGA